AAGAGCAAAUAUGGAAAACAUUUUCUGACCUAUGACACGCAGCAUUCAAGCUCACUGCCAAAAAGGGACACGCUCGGCCUUUCACCAAUAGUGAAGCCGGUUCCCAACACUUUAGCUUCCAGCCCGUUUGCACCAACAGAAACUCCGGUGUCGGCUGCCAGACCAACUUUAGUCUUAAAGUCUCUGGCCCGGGAGAAGUUCGGGAAGUUGGACCUGGCAGUCAACUGUGCCGGCAUCGCUGUGGCUGUAAAAACGUACAACUUCAAGAAGAACGCCCCUCACAGCCUGGAGGACUUCCAGCAUGUCAUCAACGUAAAUAUCGCAGGAACCUUCAACGUGAUCCGCCUCGCCGUGGGGGAGAUGGGGAAGAACGAGCCGGAUGCAGACGGACACCGAGGCUGCAUCAUCAACACCGCCAGCGUGGCAGCGUUCGACGGACAGGUCGGACAAGCGGCAUAUUCUGCUUCUAAAGGCGGCAUCGUUGGAAUGACGCUCCCAAUCGCUCGAGAUCUGGCGCCGAUGGGCAUCAGAGUCGUCACAAUCGCUCCUGGAUUGUUCGCCACUCCUCUCCUCGCCAGCCUUCCAGAGAAGGUGCGCUCCUUCCUCUGCCGCCAGGUGCCCUUUCCUUCACGCCUAGGAGACCCCGCUGAGUUUGCCCACUUGGUGACCUCAGUGGCGGAAAACCCGAUGAUCAACGGGGAGGUCAUCAGGCUGGACGGAGCUAUCCGCAUGCAGCCCUGAUCAGCUUGUCUGGGUGUGAAACUGUGAACCUUAGUAUUUGACUUUGUAGAAAACAAUGAUUAUAAACUCUCACUUGAAUCUGUGGAUCUUUAUAUUAAAUUUUUGUGGGUCUCAAAGUGUUAGAGUGUACUUCAUGUUGAACAUUACAGAAAUAAACAUAUGAAAGAAUUCA